ACGAGAGUGGUCAGUUUGGGUCUUUGGUAAUGUAAAAUCCCACUGUAGUCGACCCUAGCCACCUACAUGGAGUUCAACAGUCGUUACCUGCCACUGGAGUGGGAAGAGCGAUGGAGGAGAGACAAGGAGAAAAGAAAAAGAGUGAUCGAAGAAGGUGGCGAGGAAGGCCUAGAACGGGACAAGUGUGAGCUGAGGUGGAUCGUGGCUUACAAUGACUCCAGGAUGGGGCUGACGACUGGGACGGGUAAGGAAGAAGGGCCAGAAGUCAAGGUGAGCGAAGACGCAUUCGGGGAUAAUAUCCGAUUAUACCGCAGUGAAACCUAUCCCAAAGAGGCAUUCAUGGCCCUGAAGGAAAUCUGGGAUUCGUCUCUUCUGACGGACCUGACUCUGACCACCGAAGACGGGAACAGCUUUGAGGUACACUCCACUGUCCUCGCUGCUGUCAGCUCCUUCAUUCAAGAGAGGCUCAAGGUUGAAAGACCAGACAAUGGUAAGGAUCUAGAAGUCCAAAGGAGGUCAUUGUCUCUGGGUCCUGGGGUCGAUCAAGUUGGGCUACAGGCAGUUUUGGAGUUUGCCUACACCGGAGCUGUAUUGACCUUGAACAAAGACAGCGUACCCUCGAUUAUAGUUGCGGCACAAGCACUAGGGGUCCCUAGAGUACUGGAGUUCUGCCACAGAGAGGAGAAGUUGAGAGCAGCUGAAAAGGAGGAGGGAAAGAUUUCAACCCUUGAGCAAGUAAAGAUCACUCUUGAGUCCAUAAAACAGAUGUGGGCGGACAGAGUUGGCUGUGACGUGGUUUUGGAUGUGGACGGAGCUUUAAUCCACGUCCACAGAGUCGUUCUGGCGGCAAGCAGUUUGUACUUCCGUGGCAUGUUCACCUGCAGGAUGAGGGAAUCCAAUCAGACCUGUAUUGCUCUUCCCUUCCUGUUAGCUUCUGAGUUGGAGGCUCUGAUCGACUGCUCCUACAGCGGGACCCUUCCGCUUAGCUGGGACUGCGUCUUCGAGAUCACCUGCACGGCCCUCCAGCUUCAGUUCCAGCCCGCCCUCUCACUUUGCCUCGACUUCAUGCAACAGGAAAUGGACGCGAGCUCCUGUCUGGAUGUGGCGUCUUUUGCUGAAGCUUACGACAUGUCCGAGUUGCUUGAGGAAGCCAAUGACUUCGUGCUGAGGAACUUCUGGGAUGUGUCGGUGACGCCAAAGUUUCAGGACCUUCCGGCAGAGAAGCUUCUGGACAUCCUGCGCUCCGAUGGUUUGUGCGUUCCGUCAGAGUUGGCUGUUUUCCGAGCUGUAAUCUCCUGGAUCGAAGCCGAUCCUGAGGGGAGAUUGGGCCAGGCUGGUGUUCUGAUGACCGGAGUCCGAUUCCCUCUCAUGACCUUUCGAGAAUUCAGGGAGGUGCGAGCCAUUAACUUACGCAUGGAGUGCUUCGGGAACAAGGAGGUGGACCUCUACAGUUCAGCACUCAAAGAAUUCGGUUUCAGCCAUUCAAACACUGAGGAUCAGUGCCGGGUCCGACACCCAAAGGACGUUCUGGUUGUGGUUGGGGGAGAUCAGCUAAACCCAGAUAUGGGUCAGCGCAUACCAAGCAGGGAGCUUUGGUUUGCAAACUCCCUCCAGAGUGGGACAGGGUUGAUGAAGCAGAUUGAGUGGAGGAGGCUCGGGGAGAUGCCAGACAAGCCAAAGUUCAGGCACGGAGUAGCAGCAAUGUCGGGAAGCUUGUACGUAGCUGGAGGAUGUUACUUCUACACCAAGAAUGACAUGAUGAAAUCUGCCUACAGUUACGACCCUGUGCUGGACAGCUGGAAGAGGCUGGCUGACAUGCAGGAGUUCAGAAGCAGCUUCUCCUUGGUGGUACACGAGGAGCGUCUUUAUGCCAUUGGUGGAGAUAUGGAGAUCAACACCAACGUAGACAGUGUCGAGAUGUACAACCCAGAAACCGACUCCUGGAGCUUCGUCCAGCCCCUGGACCAGGCUCUGAGCGGCCACGCUGCCGCUGUCUCAGACGGAGGAAUCUUCAUCUCUGGAGGUUUCGACUGUAAGUACGUGUGUCUGGUUUCCAUGUUCCUGUACCAUCCGGAGAGAGGAACCACCUACCUGGCAGACAUGGCUCAUGACCGGGCCCAACACUGCAUGGAGCCCCUGCGUGGCCGUCUGUACGUCGCCGGCGGCGUUUGUAACCUGAGGAAGUUUUACACGGACCAACAAGCCUGCGAGGUGUACGACCCUGCGGCCGACUCCUGGACGACUUUCACCCCGCUGCCUGUUCCCCACGUGGGCGCAGCCUCAGCCGUCCUGGAGGGGAAGGUCUACGUACUGGGAGGAUACUGCCAGGACGACUACACCGAGUCGAGACUGGUUCACCGGUUCGAUCCCAGCAUACAGCGAUGGGAGAAGAUGAGCAAGCUGUCGGGGCCGGUUACUGACAUACGGGCCGGUCUGCUCCGGUUGCCCCAACACUUAAGACUUUAGUAACUGGCUGGUCAACGUGAUAUUUAUCUUAAAACUGACAGACAUUUUCGGUUUGAUUUAGUCUCAAAAUGUUAUGUAUCAUUUGCAAAUGUAGUUUGUACUGUAAAAUGUACUAAAAAACAGUUG